CGCCGCAGAACAAAGGAGGGGAUGCCCAACACGACCCAAGAUACAGUGAAAUAAAUACGAUUCUCAUCUUAUCCUUCAACUCUCGCUACCAGCUACCGUGUACCGCGGGCCAAUACUUCACAUUCCACCAUGUCAGACCGAGAAUUCAGUUCAAACGACGACCUGUCGCUUCCUAAAGCGACGGUCCAGAAAAUCAUCACUGAGAUUCUACCCCCUUCCUCUGGUCAGACAUUUUCCAAAGAUGCGCGAGAUCUUCUCAUGGAAUGCUGUGUCGAAUUUAUCACCUUGAUCUCCUCCGAAGCCAAUGAUAUCAGCGAGAAGGAAGCGAAGAAAACCAUUGCCUGUGAGCAUGUGGAGCGGGCUCUACGUGACCUUGGUUUUGGGGAUUAUAUCCCUGACGUCCUUGCAGUAGCAGAGGAACACAAGGAACAGCUGAAGUCACGAGAAAAGAAGCAGAGCAAGAUGGAACAGAGCGGGCUGUCUGAAGAAGAAUUGCUUCGUCAACAACAAGAGUUAUUCCGCUCUGCUACGGAGAAGUACCAUGCUGCCCCGGAAUGAGGUGUGAUGGUACAGGCAUAAGAAAGUUAAUAUGAAUGGACUCGUGCUGGACAUAGAGCAAUUAGGAUUCGGAGUUUACCUUUCAGGAGAGACAAAUGGAGUUUAGGAGGUUCUGAUAUUUAAUAUCAAUAUAAAAAUGGGUCGUCCGUUGGUGGCU